UAUAUUACGGUAAAACAUGGACGCUGCAUCAUAGAGAGAAACGUGGGACUUUCUCCUCUCUUAUCACUGUUCAUUUUGAUAGUCAGCUUGUUUGGCGUGUGUUUAUUCCCAACAAUACAUGUUCUCAAACAUGUCCGAUGUUUAAUGAUCACAUUUAUUUUCCGCAAUUGGUGCAACAGAAGCCAAGAAAGGCUUGUUGUUGGUGCUGUUAGCAUGAUGCUACACUAGCUGUCAACAUCACACACGAGGACGAGGAAACGGUCUGCCAUACUCUAUUCAUCAUGAUAACUCCAGCGUUUGAGCUGAGCCAGGAUCCUGACUAUCUCACUGUCAGCAUCCGUGUACCCUACACGAGGACUUCAGAGUUUGACCUCUACAUUGAUGGAAAUGAUUUCAAAUUCUUUGCCAAACCAUAUUUUCUGAGGCUGACUCUUCCAGGAAGAAUAGUCGAGGAUGGACGAGAAAAGGCCACAUUCAACAUUGACAAAGGGCUGUUCACUCUUAGGGUUGCAAAAGAGACGGCUGGUGAGCAUUUUGAAGGUCUUGAUUUGCUGACAAGCCUACUGGCCCCAAAAGGCUCAAAAUCAGCAAAGCCACUCAUCGAGGAAAUUACUGCUUCUUGCUGUGCAGGUGCAGAAGGUGAAGAAGAGGAGGAUGAGGAAGGGGAGGAAGAAUUCGACUGGCAAAUUGAGCAGCAGGUUUACCAGGAGAUGCCAGAAGAGCAACUGACACAAAUGAACAGAUAUGGUUUUGGCAAUCAAAGAACUGGGGUGUUUGCUAGACUACAGGAAGAACUGGCUGAUUUGACUGACAUUAAGAACCCAGAAGGUACCACCGCUGCAGAGAGGAGACAGGCCCGACAGGAGGCAGAGACUACGGCAUUCUCUCCAGACCAUUACCUAGCUGAUUUAUUUGAGGACGAUGAAAUAAAAGGGCUAUUAAACUACAAACCGUGGUGGACAAAGCUGAAGUGUCCCUCGGACCAAGAAGGAGAGACUGGUGUGUUCUUUACAGAAGAGGAGAAGGAGCAGUUGAGGAGAUUCACCAACCGUUCCUACCUGUUUGACAAAACUAGCCGUGGCCAAGUGUGGCUGAGCCUGGUGGACAUUUUGCUGGCUUACUGCUAUGAAGUGCGCUCCACCGAAGGAGAGCACAAUGUGGAGUCACCUUGGACAGUCCGAAAACUCAGUGGGACUCUGAGCUGGCUUGAGGCCUACAGUUCCUUGCAGGACACCUUGGUAUCAUUUGGGCGAAGGGUUUUGUGCUUCCCAUUGUACAGACAUUUUGACAUGGUUUCUGCUGCCAUCCGUGACACAGCCAAGAUUCUUCAGUUAGGGAAAAGCUGUGUCCUCAAAUGCCUGCUUGAUGUCCACAAAGUCUUCAGAGAGAACGAGCCAGCCUAUAUACUGAAUGACCUGUACAUCACAGAUUACUGCAUCUGGAUCCAGAGGGUCAAGUCCAAGAAGGUGACUGCCCUCGCCGGUGCAUUACAAAAGACCUCCCUGGAGAAAAAGGACUUGGGGCUUGAGCUUGAGGAGCUGGAAAAAGCUGCGUUUCUCGUGCAAGAAGAGGAGAAUUCAGCUGUGGUAUCCCACGGCAACAGCAGCAGCACUUCCAGUGACAGCAGUGGGUCGUCUGAGAGCGAGGAGUCUGAAAGCGAAGGGCUAGACUGCGCAAACACACACGAGGAGAGAGGAGGAGGAGGAGGAGGAGAGCUACGUCAGCACAGCCCCCCUCUCUCCAGCUCCACCAGCUGCACCAUCCCCCGGGGGAGCUUCAACACUCCUCUGACAGCCAACAAGGAAACCAGUGCCCAGCACACACUUGCACACAGCUCCCGGCAGCUAAUUCAGGAGCUGGAGGAGCUGACAAUCACAGAGGAGACACGUUCUAGCCACAGCGAACAGGAUGCCGUCCCAAAUACCAAGAGUGCUGCUUCAGAAAAGACUGGGAAUGCUGGGAAUUUCCUUGAAGUAAAUCCACGCAAGAAUCCUCUGCAUAUCGUCCAGGAGAACUGUGAAGAGAGUGAUUAUCAGUGAAACAUGUUUGAGGAUAUGGAUUUUGAAAGAAUACCUAAGUAGUGUAGGCUUCCCUGGAGUGGAAUACAGUAGAUCUGUGAACAGUUUGAUUGUCUCUGCACUUGACUUUUGCAUCCAGCAAUCACCACCUACUUCAAGUCAAACCUCAUAUACUUGGAAUAUUUAUAUUCUAUGGAAUUUUUUCAGACUGCAACCAUGAGUUUGGAUUAUUAUAAUAUUAUUUUAAUAAUAUCAUUUGCACAAAUUUGUACCAGUUCAUAAUUCCAUUACAUUCUUUGAUCUUAUAUAGAUAGUUUUUACCAUUAGUCAGUGUAUGUCUUGCCUAAUGACUAAAUCUUCAACAUAAAUAUUCAUGGUUUCCCAUCUUA